AUGUCCAAGGGCCCCCCCAGGUUCAAGCAGAGGGCAGCCCGUACCUUCAAGAGCAAGGCCCCAAAGCCGGGACAGAAAGGAUUUGGUGAUGACAUCCCUGGAAUGGAGGGUCUUGGCACCGACAUCUCUGUGGUUUGCCCCUGGGAGGCCUUUGGUGACAUGGAGCUCAGCGACCUGGCCAAAUACGGCAUUGUGUAA